AUAAACAACACAGAAAAAGUCGGCCAAUGAGAAAUAAUAUUUUUUUUAGAAAUUUAAUUUAAAUAAAUGUAAUCGAAUGAGCGCAAAUGAGCACAAUGUUUAAAUACUUUAAGAAACAAAGAAGUCGUCUGAAUUCAUCGAAUGAAAAUGACCCGCAGACAGAUCAGGUGGACAAUGCGGUGGGUGUUUCUGCUGGAAGCUGUGGACAAGAUUUUCCCGAGGAAGUAGCUGGUGCUGCCUUAAAACGUCAUUCGUUACGUUCCACAACAUCCAUUCACAGUUUCUGCGAAGAAGUUUUUCUCGAAGAACUCUCUAACCAGGGCAUAUUUACAGCUCAUGGUCCGGGGGGCAAUUGCGGUGGAUCAGACAACGAUGAUGCUGUUAGUUAUGGCGCUUUAAGUUUAGGUGCACUCAGCAGUUGUUACAAUGGCACAGGUGGCUCUGUUUCGCACCCAAUUAGUGUUCAUUCAAUGAUGGGCUAUGAUGAAGAACUUUUCAAGUGCCAUUCUCGUUUAUCGAUGAAUUUAACAUCUAUUGUUUGUGAACCAAACUGCCUAAGCUACUUUGUCCAGUAUUUGGAUAAGAAAAAUGCAUUGCCUCUUAUUAAAUUUUAUUUGGACACUGAAAAUUUUAAAAAUUCAGCAUUGGCUCAAUUACGAAAAGAGCUUAAAUGUAAAUUGAUGUCACAACAAAUUCCAGAAGAAGUUGGAGGUGUAACAGGCGCUGACGACGUUGAUACUGAAAUCACAACGACUGUAAUCACUCAAAACGAUACCGAUGAUGAUCAAAUCCAAAAUAAACAGCAACAACAACAACAAGUUGAUAAUCAAACCAGAGGCGGAGAACGACAUAUCAAUGUGCUGACGCCAGCAAAUGUUGGAAAUACUGGCACCGAUAUUGAAGCUGAUGACAGCUGUCAUGUACCUGAAUUAAAAACCCUUUGUGAUCUGUCAAUGCGCAAACCCUUGACCGAUGAUGAAAAGUCCCAAAUCUAUGCGGAAACCAAUAAGCAUAUUUAUAAGACCAAUGAAAGGCACAAACUGAAAGCUUCCUCUGAAUUGUCUUUGUGCAGUUUAAUGAGUAAUUUCUCAGAAAUCAAUGAAAAUGCCAUCAUCUCAAUGGCCAGUGUAAAGGAUGCCUUGGGCAUAUACACCAAGUAUUUAAUACAGGAUUCCAAAGAGCGCAUUGAAUUACCUGUGGAUAUUUUAUCAAAAAUUUCCCUAAUUAUAUGCAAAAAGGAUGAACACGAAGAUGCAGAAGAAGGCGGGUCAAGUACGACCAUAACUGCAGACUGUUUCCUUGAAGCUCAACAAUAUGUUCUCAACAAAUUGGAAAAGGAUUUCCUAAGUGACUUUCUGCAAAGCACCUAUUAUGCUAAAUAUUGCGUAGAUCUAAUAGAGGGUCAUUGCAUCAAUAUAAACGAUAUACUACAUAGUGAGGUUACUUUAUUUUAUUUUAUGGAAUACUUAGAGCAGCACCAUGAACGAGAUUGUUUGGACUUUUGGUCAACGGCCAUAAACUAUCGCAAGAGCUACGUUUCCAGCAUAGAGAUGAAUGAGAAGGAGGCCCAAUCCGAUGCCAUGAUUAUCUAUGAGAAAUUUUUCUCCUUGCAAAAUGAGUCUAAACUUUGGUCUUCGAACAAACUGAGGGCCAAUGUUGAGGCAUGUAUCUGUACGGAGGGCAUGGUUUAUCAUUGCUUUGACUUGCCCCUUAAAGUGGCGGCAAAGUAUCUUGAGCGUAAAUAUUUGGGUUCAUUUUUAAAAUCAUCAUUAUUUUCCAAUUAUGUGAAUGAACUAAAAUCAAAAAUCCAAGAUGAAACUGAUGCAAAAGAUGGCCUUACUACAAACAAAUUUCCCAAAAAACUAGCUCUAAGAAGAUGCGUAAGUGAUAAGUCAUCGAAUAGGCAUCGUAAAACACUUUCCGAUUGCACAUUGGACAAAAAAUUGACAAUAUCUCAGCACAAUACAUUAUUGGCUUCAAUGGACAAUCAUAGCCAUAAUCAGCAUCAACAACGCAAUCAGGCACAACAGCGUCAACAAACUUUACCCACUUCAUCAUCGGCAACAAAUCUAGAGAAAUUUCACAUGAGUAUUGAUUCCUCACAGCUCACCAAUCCGGAUUUGCUAUGGCAUCGUUCCAAUAGUAAUAAUUUAAAAUUUGGUCGUGUCAAUUCAUUGGGGCGCUACGAAAGAGAUUUUAUUUCCCCAUCAGAUGCUCUGCAUAAAACGGCCAACACCUCAAGCAAUUGGUCUUUGUCCUUGAAGGGUACUAAACUGAAAAAUGCUAUGCGUAAAUUGGUAAACUUACGUGAGGAUAAUGUGCAAGAAGAAAUUGCUUGGCAAGUUGCGGAAAUGAUAGUUAAAGAUGUGACCAGUGUUACAAUGGCAGCACACUCAAAUUGCACAAAAGACAAAACGCAACAACAUUAAGUAAGUCGAUAUAUAGUUAUUGUUAUUUAUUUAAUAUGUGUAUGUAGCAUAUAUCAGUAUAAUCUGAUUGGUUGUUAGCUUGCAUAUUUUCUCUUAUUUUUUAUAAUAUUUAAAGUGAAAUUUUUGAA